UGGGGGGCGGGGGGGUGAGGUUUAAGGGAGCGGCCUCCCGCAGUGCUUCUUCUUCUUCCUCUUCUUCUUCUUCUUCUUCUUCUUCUUCCCUUCUCCACUACGCACGAAUACAAAACCUCAACUUGAAACUUGUCAUCAGUCGCCUUUGAAAACGAACAUAUACAUACGCCCGUGCAACAACUGCCAGAUCGGAUCUUCGUUUCGUUUAUCUGACGCAUUUCCCACCCACCCACCCAGCUGUCCCGGCAACGCAAUCACACACCACGUCCCGGUCGAUCAUAUAAACAACACCACUCAAAAAGAAAUCGCAAAAGCACAGCGCAACCCAACAAAACUAUCCCUGUCGUACGCUCCGCCGGCGCGCUUUCGACUUUUGAUACUCAACUCGGAAGCCAUCGGAGGAUAGAGAUCGAGCUGCGAACAUGGUCGGAAAGAUGUCGCUCAAUCCCGCGCAAGCACUGGCGACAGUGACGGUGAUGAACCAGCACGGCGAGGUGAUCCACAAUGGCUCCAAAUCCUUCUUCUCGGCGUUCAAGGAAGCGAAGGACGCCUACAAGCAACGCAAAGCCGAGAUCGCUGUUGAGCGGCGGUCACAGGGCCGAGCGCGCGAGACGGUGAUGCGCCGGAAUACGACCCGCACGGCUGGAUCGAUUCAGGAGGCGCCAGCAACCCCGAUGGUCGAGGACAACAGUGCACACCAUAGCAAGAAGAAGCAUCGCAAACCCACCCGCCGCAACUCGUCUUCGCUCAGCAACCGGUCGGGAGAAGAGGAGAUCACUGAGGACGCGCUGGUCGUCCGGAGUGCUGGUGCGGGAGAUGCAUUCGCCCGGCAGGACAGCAUCCAGCAGCAGCAGCAGCAGCAGCAGCAGCGGCAGCUGCAGCAACAAUACGAGGAGGAGCAGGAGCACCAGCUGUAUCAGCAAUCCCACGGUGGGGCACUAUCCGCCCACGACCACGCGAGGGAUAUGGCGCCGGCGCUAUUCAACGAUCCGUCCGUAGUGGCGGUGCAGACCCUCCUCGCCCGAGUCCAAUCCAUCAUCGACGAGAUCAACUGCAUCACCAUCGGCCUGACCACGCUGCUCACCGAGCUGCAAAAGACGCCCGAGACCUUCGCCGCCGUCGGGCUCUCCCUCGCCGAGAUCGCCAACAUGCUGACGCACAUCGCGCCGGGCGCGAUGGUCGUUCUCAAAGCCGGCUUCCCCACCGUAUUCGCGCUUCUGAGCAGCCCACACUUUGCCGUUAUCGCGGGCGUCGCCGGCGCCGCAACCGUCAUCGUCCUGGGCGGCUACAAGAUCGUCAAGAGCAUCAUGGCGGGCGCCGACGUGAACAUGGCGAUGGCGUACGGCGAGCUGCCCGACGAGGCGAUUCUCGAGGAGGCCGUGCUCGGCGGCGAGAUCCUCGGCGAGGUCGUCGACGACGAUAGACGCAUCGAGGCGGCCCCGGCUCGCGUCUACUACGAGCGCGUCGAGGAACUCCCCCCCGUCGCGGUCCCCAGGUCGCCGGAGCAGGAGCAGAAGCAGGAGCAGAAACAGAUCAUGCCUGCGGAAGAUCCGGUUACGGCGAACCUUAAGGAGGAGUCGAGAUGGCUCAAGAGGAGUAAUAGCACGUUUAAGAAGUCGGAGGAGAAGAAGGAGCGCGUGAAGGUGGAGCGGCGACAUACCAGUGCCGUCACCUCGUCCUCGUCGAAGAAGGAGAAGGAGGAGAAGAAGGAGAAGGAGAAGGACAAGCGCCACAACAAGGACGAGAAGGAAGAGCGCCGCAGCAAGGAUAAGGAGCGGGAGCGCGGGAAGUUGGAGCGCCGCGCUACUUCCACACGACAGAGCAGCUCGUCGUCGUCCGGCGUCAGCAGUAACCGCUCCGAGAGCAGCGAGCGGCCGAGCCUUAGGUCGGCAAAAACUUCGCCGGCUGUGGUCACGGAGAAGGACGGGAAAGAUGGGAAGGAGAAGAAGGAGAAGAAGAAGAAUCCGCUCAUGAAGCUGUUUGAUGGGAAGUCGUCGAAAUAGCGUGGAGGUUUACUGGGCUUUGCUUUACUUUGGGAGCGCUUUUCUACGUAUAUCAUUUUUCUUUCCGGGGUUUUUUGUUCAUCUUUUUCGUCAUCUCGACAUUUCAUCGUCAAUUAGUACAUUUAAAUUCACACAUUUACAUAUAUAUAUCACAGGGACAGGAGUAAAUAGAGUUGUUUUCUUGGUUAUCAUGUUUCGUUCUCCUAUCUGUUUUGUUUUGUCUUUGUCUUUGUCUUGCAUUCCUUGAGUAAGAAAGGGAGUAGGAGCAACGAAAUACAAGAUGGUUGAAGCCCGAUUUCCG